AAUAGUUACAUACUCUUUGUUGUUAAUGAAAAUGUCAAAAUUUUACAACACAAAUUUGCAAUUUGCAAUACAUUUAUUUGUGGAACAAAUGUAAAGACUAGUGUGGUUAUUUGUGGGCUAUUACAGUUUAUUGUUUAAUAUCAUAAUGGCCACAUUAAUAGCUAAAAUCGACAAGUUGAUUAAAAAGGAAAGAACUACACCCGAACGCAAACAUCAAGAUGUCACCAAAUCAUCAAACGAGAUUCUCUCGGAGCUUUUUAGUGUGUUUAAUGCUGAUCCACCCAAGAUUGAAGACAUUUCAGUUAAAAAGUCGAAAAAGAGUAAAAAGAAACACAAAAAGGAAAAAAAGAAACGAAUCCGUAGUACAAGUAGCUCUGAUUCGGACGAUAGUGAGUACUAUCAUAAGAGGAAAAAGCGAAAAAAGAGUAAAAGUAAGCGCAAAGAAAGAAGUAGCCGACGAUCUCCUUCUUCUGAUGGAUCUAGAACUCCAGUUCUCAUAAAAGAUGAAGUCAAUUUUUCUAAAGCUAAAUAUGAUAUUAAAGUUGAAACUCCAACCAUCAAAAUAGAGAGUAAGGUCAAAAGCGAACAUCCGGACACUAAUAUUUGUAUCAAAAAAGAGGAAGAAAAAAAUGUCUCUUUAGAUGCAAGUCUUAUUCCUAUGCCUGAAUCUCCAAAAGACAUUGAAAAAUCGGACAAGAAAUCUGAAAAUUCAGACUGUGAUAAAUCAAGAGGUAAAAUUCAAAUUAAGAACUUAAAAUUUAGUGCAGUGUUCGAAGAGACUGUGAAGAAAGCUGAAGAAGAAGCUCGUAAAAAAGCAGAGAAAGUAGAAGACGGGGAGUGUACAGAUUCAUCCAGUAGUUCUGUAAAAGAAUUAGAUAUUAAUUCACAAUUUCCUAAAUCAUCUGAUCCCGGAGGCAUCUUAAAAAAGCAAGCAGCUGAGGAAAUAAAAUUGAUUGAGGAAGAAAAGCAUACUUUGAAGAUGAGUAAAGCAGAGCCAUUAAUUAAACCUUCAAGAAAAGAAAGAGAAAGAAGCAGAUCAAGAAGAAGAUCAAGAAGCAAAUCUCGUGGUCGGUCCCAUUCGUCGAAACGCCGCCGACACCGUUCUCGGUCACGAUCGCGUCGCAGGAGUCGAUCCCGUCAUCGAUCUCGUUCGCGACGGAGCUCCAAAUCUAGGAGUCAGCAUCACUCCAGACAUUCACCGAGGCAUCGUGGACGCAGGUCAAGGUCACCAACUGGCGUAAAAUUGGCAGAUAGUGAGAAGAAACGUCUUCUAGAAGUAGCAAGAAGGAAUGCAAUCAAUAUGCUUAAGAAUGGAGCUGUGCCAGCCGGUGCGGCCGCAUUACCGCCACAUACGAGGAAUCAAGUUAUGGCAGCCAUACAGUCAGGAGGUAAGUCGGUGGAUGAAUUGACAGACUUUUGUAAGCACUUGUCAAAGAAGGAAGCAUUAGGAGAGCUGUCGUCGGUGUCAUCCAAUGACGAUGACAUGAGUGAGAAUGAAGACACAUUGGCAUUCCAUCAUCCUUUCCUUGUCAAGGAGAAAGCGCCCAUAGUCAUGAAUAUUAGAGGUGGUGCACCAUUACCGGUUAAAACCAGUCUCGUGCCGAUAGUCAACAAAGAAGAAUUACGUCUUCAGUUCCCGGUAUCCUCUGGCUCACAGCACAGAGAGAAGGCCUCCGAAUGGGUGCCUGUAUCACCAAAGAGAGAUAUGCAAGUUGCAAAACUGAAUUCAAAACCAGCGCCGACAAAAUCAAUACUACCUGCGCUAGAAUCAUCUAAGACUGAUGUUCUAGCGUUGCCCCCACCUCCCUCAUCUACUGCCUAUACAAAGAGCUUCAUUUCUUCUUCACCUUUGCCUCCAAUUCCAGCAUUGCCUGCUCCCGGACCACAAGUAUAUCCCCCAGGUGUUGAUCCUCCUCAACUGGAUUUGGCGUCGAUUGUAACUCAGAAAUUGUCUAUGAUUCGUAAAGAACAAGAGGAGAAUGAACUGGACACUACAACAGGGUUUGGUUGGUCAAAGGAGGCGUUGGGUCAGUUCACUGGUAGCACUGGCGCACAGAUUCUAACACCAAGAGAACUGGCGAGCGGUACACAAGCCUGGGCCAAGAAGCAACGCAGGUGUGGUCGGCAUUAGUGACGUCGCAGCGCGCCACCGGUCAGAACUUGUAAUAUCAGUAUUACACCUUCUGACCUUGUUAUCACGAAUAAUUUGGUUACGACAACAUUGCACAAUAAUAUUUUGUUUUUUUGCCCAUAUGUAGCAUUUGAUAGAUGAUUUUUAUAUCCUUUAUUGUAUGAUUAGAUUCUUUGCCAAGUUAGCGUAGGGUAAAUCCAAAAUUUUUGCAAAAAAACAUCGCACAAAACUCCGAAAAACACAAUUUUGGAUGUGUAGAGCGUGGGGAGGGAAGCUAACCUUGAACUGCCAUAUUUUAUUUAUGAUUUUAAUUGAUUUUUUUAUGCAAACAACGUACGUUGCAAUGUCGACAUUAAGCCCGAAGAUAGAUAAUCUUUAUGGUAACUCAAAAUAAUCAAUAGCAUAUGGCUGAAUUCUACAUCAUUUAUAUACUGUGAUUAAUUUAUUAGUUUUCUUAUACAAAAUUAUUGUUCUAUAUCUGUUUCUGCAUUAAAAUAAACUGAUGGCCUUUCAUGUAGAUUAAUGGCAAUGUUGUUUUAACCAUGAAUUAUUCCUAUCGCUACGAUUUUCGUUUUUCGUGUAAAGAAAGAACUAGAUAGUUCGCUCUUUACACCGUAAAUAUUUCGAGCUCUGUCCGCUUGGUAAUUAUCAUGCCUUAUCACAAUAGUAUUGGAGAGAUGACUUUUAGACACAUCUAUACAUACUUCGUCCUUAAAAUUUUAGGUUUUACACAUUUCCUGACAGAACUCGCUACAACGGCAUCGCAUACUUCAUUACCUCAGAUAUUGUUAAUAUACACUAUACAUUUAAUUUACUUUUUUUUAGGUUAGGUUGGUUUUUAUUUUGAUUUUCUAUUAAUAGGCGAAAUGUCAUCUCCCAAUUCUAUUAUGAAAAGAGUUAAAAGGCGUGUUAAUUAUCAUUAGCGUAAAUAGGCAUACAAAUAUUCAGUUUUCCCCUUUAAAAUUUAACAAAACUGACUGACAUUUUAAUUAUGACAUUGCAAUGGUCAAAACGUAAAAUGUUGCCAUGUUAAAAAUCUGUCAGAAUGAAAUACUUAAAAAAAUUAAGACAAAGUAAUAAAAACUUAUUACAUCAUUGAUUAUUUUUUCAUUUAAUUUAUUGAGUCAGUCCUUUCGUCGAAUCUUUGAAGCCGCGCGAUCCUUCGAGCUACAUAAAAGCUGGGAAUAUUUUUCCCAACUUCAGCUUUAAGGAGAGCGGGGCUUAUCUGGGGAUUUCUUGAAUAUUUGUUGCAGCUUUUAAGUGAUAAGGAGCCACGGGCAGUUAGAUGCGGCACGGUACGCCGAUGAUAGGUGCAAUGUAUACCAAUGUUCCCAAUCCACAGAGGUAAGUAUCAAGAAUUGGGCAAGAAAAAAGUACAAUUUGAAUGGGCCAUUUAAGGAUUGUACUUAAGUUUUCUUCUCCAGAUGAAAUUAAUCAUAAUUGAUACUAUAUUAAGUUGUUGCAGGAUUUUUAUGGUUUUUUUAUAUAAAACAUUGCAUUUGCGAUUA